CUCCUUCCCCUGUAGUGACGUCACAGCGCCCAUAUACAAGUUUCUCUUUGCCGUGCGCCGCGCGACGAGGUGCGGGCUUGCGAGAGGCGGCAGGCCGCGAGGCUUCCCCUCGACAUGAAGCCGUUCCGUACAGAGCUUGGGGAGGUAACCCCACACAACAUCAAGCAACUUAAGCGGCUAAACCAGGUCAUCUUUCCAGUGUUUUACAACGACAAGUUUUAUAAAGAUGUUCUGGAGGUUGGCGAACUGGCGCGGUUGGCAUACUUCAAUGACAUUGUGGUGGGUGCGGUCUGCUGCCGGGUGGAUUUCUCGAACAACCAGAAGCGCUUGUACAUAAUGACGCUAGGAUGUCUAGCGCGUUACCGUCGGCUUGGAAUUGGAACAAAAAUGUUGAAUCAUGUCCUGGCCAUUUGUGAGAAAGAUGGAACGUAUGACAACAUCUUCCUGCACGUGCAAGUAAAUAAUGAGUCGGCCAUGCGGUUCUACCGCGAGUUUGGCUUCGAGGUGCUGGAGACAAAGGCGCAGUACUACAAGCGGAUCGAGCCGGCAGACGCUCACGUGCUGCAGAAGACGUUGCGGGGAGCUCCCUCUGCUCGCGGAAUCCUGGCCCUGGGCCCGCCCCACUCGACGUCUCACGAAGCCGAGCGGGAGGAUGGGCAGGAGGCACAAACUUCAGCACACCACAGCAAUGGCAGUUUAGAGAAUGAGAAGUGACUGGGGUUGGGCGCAGGAAUCUAACGUGGGCAUGUGUGUUGGGUUUAAGUUGAUAGGACAUAUUAGCAUGCCAUAUCGAGCUAUGGGGUGCCCUGCUGUGUGACUGCAUUGGAUGCAGUUCUGUAAAAAAUGUAAACGCAUUGCACAGACUCCCAUUUUAAACAACAAUUUGGUUGUGCCUUUCAAAUAAUGCUUUUACAUGUUAACUUAUGAUCUAUAUUUUUUCAUUGAAGGAGCAAAAUAUGUCCUAUUGACCUGGUUUUAGGUGGGUUGUAUUGUUGGCAAUGGGUUUUAUUGAUUGGCCAUGGAAGAUCGUUUUCUGUGGUUUAUUUGGAUCAAGUGAAUGCAAGAAUUAGGGCUGCAGAAUUUCUUGAGCUCCAACUACAUUAAGGAUUGCUGCUUUGUUGAUGCAAAGAAGUGGGACAUCAGGACCCGCCAACCGUGUUGGAAUGAAUACACACUUGAAUUACGAUGGUGGACAAUAAUGAUCAAUUGAAAACUCACUGUUCCAGAGAAAGUACAGAUGACAUUUGCCUGGAAUCUGUAGGCUGUUGCUUUUACCUUCAUGGAACAUCCAUCAACAACUACAAGCGGAUCAUAUGAGAACGGUCUUUUAAGUAACAUUUAAAUCCAAUUAUUUCCAAGUCACAUCAGAGAUUACAUGUUGAGGUUGCCUGUGAGGUGGCACAUUUGUUUGGAAAGGAAUUGAUGUUGCUGAAAGAGUAAAGACUGCUAUUUGUUUUUGGAUUCAAUAUUAAAACUGCAUUUCCACAA